AGUAAGUUCGUUAGAUGAUGCCGGUUCACCAGAGGAGAAGCAAGGACAUUUGUUACUGAUUUAUAGACAGAAUAUUGCGUAUUAAGUUAAUACUACGUUAAUAAACGAUAUAAAACAAUCAUUUGGUUACAAAUUGGUAGGAAUCGUUGUUAUUUUUCCGGAGAUUAACGUUCAGAAAAAUGGCAGAGUCAUCAGAAAAAUCAAAUACAUCAAACAGUCAGAAUAGCGAGGGGGAUAAUCCAAAACCAAAAGUUUGGGGUGAAAAUAUCGACGACCAUUGUCCGGUUUACGAAUCUGGGCAGUCAGUCGACAAUAAAGCAGAGAAGAGAUCAUCAGAUUCGACAUGUCAGUUAAAAGGUGUCACAAUCAAGGAUUUAGUCAAGGAACAAAUCUGUCCAAUAAUCGAAGUGGAAGUUUCAUCAGUUCAUCCAAUGGGCUUAUUAAAAACUUCAGCAGGAAGGGAUUACCUUCCAUUUACAGUUGUUGACGCGACUGGAUCCAUGAUGGUCAUGGCCUGGGCAGCUAUUGCAGCUCCUCUAUCAGAAGUACUUCAAAUCGGACAAACCAUCAGAAUAAUCAAGGGUAACGUGCAGAAGGCACCUGAAAGAGAUGCAUGUCGCACUGAACCAGUGUAUCGCAUAGCAUUGGGUGCACAGUCCAGAGUGGAAAUUCUUCUAGAAAAUGGAGAAACUUGUAUUGUCAAUCCAAUUUUUUCACAAAAUUCAGUUCCAAUUAAGUAUGAGAAGGGAGAUGACCCUCCAAUGAAGAAAAUCUCCAUGACUCCUAAAAACGAGUCUAAAAUCUCAGAUCUAACGUAUCCUCAUACUUUCCAAAGCAUCAAAUUGCACGUGAAAUCCAUGAUAACAGAUGGAGUGGCACUUACGGCGAAGGGUUUCAAAUACGUCACUUUUGUUGGUACUGAUGAGACUGGAGAUAUUAGUUGCGUAUUUUUUGAGCCACAUUCUUAUGCAAUCGGGCCGUCGAUUCGGGAAGGAGUUUAUUUGCAAAUAGAGAGAGGAAUAGUGGAAGCACUCGAAGAAGCAUUUCAAAUUCAUUGCAAGAAUAAUCAUCAGAUUAAAGUACUGCGCAAAGGUAACGUGAAAAUUCUGGAAGAAAAGAAGGAUGAGCCAGUAGAACCAGUAGACCGGGCGAUGAAAGUCGCAGAUCUGAAAGCUCCCCAAAUUUGAUUUUUAUUGGAGAAGAUAGCACUGGCGAAAUUGGCUGCACUAUCUUUGAGCCUCACGGUUCUAUUAAAUGUGCUAAUGCACUCAAAGUUGGUUCACAGCUUGCCCUGAAAGACGCUUUAGUUAUUUCUAAAGACGCGAGAAUUCCUAUUGACUGCGAUAAUGACUUCGAGAUUAUAAUGGACGGAUCCUCUGCUGUUACACAAUUGGAUAUUACGACGGAAAAAAUGGAAGACGAUUGUUCGGCAACUCGUCUCGAAAAUUUUAAUGAGUUACAAGAUCAGGCAGUCGGUAGUCUUGUUGAUGUCAUCGGAGUUAUUGGUAAAUCAAAGGAUGACGGCAAAUCCAGACACUCACCUGGUUAUUUUCUUACACUCUUAGAUGAGUCUACUUUCGAGAUACCUUUAUUUUUUGAAAAUGAGAUUUAUGUGGAUUCCUCGUGGACAGUCGGCACGAUAAUCGAAGUAACUGGGGCCUUAGUGGGUAGGGGAGAAGAUGAACAAAUGCAACUUGUUUUCCUUCCCGAACGCUCAACAAUAAGUAUAUUUCAAUCAGAACAGUAAUUCGUAUCCAACAAGUGAUAGUUCCGAAUGAUUAUUCAACCUUUUGGAUAAGAAUUAUUUAUUUUUCUACUGUCAUCGAAAUUUAAUGUCAUUGUUCUUUGAGUUUAAGAGCGCUUGGAUUCUCUUUCUAUUAUCACCUAUUAUUUUGAGUUUUUUUAUUUUUUUAUUUUUUUAUUUUUUGUACGAUGUCAGGUGUGAAAAUGAAUAUCCAGUUUACUUUCCAAAGUCGAAAAAUUUUAAAUCAUUACGACAUAUUAUUAUAGACGAUACAAGUUUAAGAAGUGCAGGAAUUAACGAGUGUGAGGUUUAUUAUUAUUUUUGAAAAUGGUAUGUUUAUGUUCGUUGUUUCAAUUAAUAAUUGACCAGAAAUAUAGAAAAACAUUUAAAAAAGGCGGAAAGAGCCAAUUUUCUUAAAUCAUAAGUUUUUUUGUACUAAGAUUGUGGUGUACGUUUUUCAUGUUAAGAUUCAUGCCAUAUAAUCGGUUCUGGAUGCCGUUACAAUGUAAAAGUUAUUUGAAAUUGAAAUAAAAAAGUUGUGGAAAGAAAUUUGCGAUUGGUCUAAUCGAGGCAGACUUAAUUUCUAUCUCCAGGGAUUGCUUUGAGAAAUGUUGGAGAGAUUUCGAUGUGGGUAUUCCAUCAUUUAUUUAUUGGUAAGUAGAAUUACAUGUAUCCACAAACAUAAUUAUUUUUUUAUCCAUGAUUCAUAUUAUUGUAUUUGUUUUCAUUUUUAGAGAGUAAAAGAAAAGUGGUAAAAAAAGCAGCGAGAGGUGAAAAACGAUACGGAGAUAAAUAUCUGUUGUAUGAAUUCUCCCCACCGAAUAUGUAAAAAAAUGAGAAAACCAUUCGAAAUGCAUAUUUGUGCAUCUGAGGCGAAGUUAGGGCGAGAACACGUAGAUAAUUUUUAAAAAUAUCAAUAAAUACGAGCUAGUCGACGGAGGCCUGAUCCAGGUGAAGGGACGGGUUAUCCAAAUUAUAUGUCCCAUUUGGCCUGUACCCAGCUCGUAUUUUUAAUAGACUUUUUUUCAAUUACCUCCUAAUGUAUCUCUAUUCUGCGGUGAUCAUUUUUUUCAUGCACUUUUGCAUUUUCCUAUCUAUUAGGUGAAGAGGAUUCGAAGAUUCGCCUGUAUUCUGCUUCUUUAUAUUCACCCCUGCUGUCGUAGAAAACUCAUCCUCAUUAGCUCUACGUCUUUUAAAUUACCGAGCAGUAGCCAGACCUAACUUAACAAAAAGCCCACAAAAAUUGUUGUUAAAAUGAGAAAUAUUCACUUUUUCGUUCUGACCAAGUAAUUGUAAACGUAAAUCGUUUAUCAAAUCAUUUACAAAUCGAUAAAGUGAACUUGUUCAUACAGAUGUAGAAAAACUGAAAUUAUUGUUUUUACUUGAAUAAAAAACAGUGUAGAA